UGAAAGUUAUAAAUUGGGCUACUCCAUGACGUUAGGGCGGAUUCUCAGCUCUGAUUGGGCUGCUUUUUGAUUCUCAACGCUGCGGUCGCUCUCUAUUGGCUGUCUCCUCUGUCACUCAUCGCUGAGGCGGGCGCAGGGACAUUCCUCUUGUCGCUGAUGGAAAAAAAGAGAAAGUUCCCAAAAUGGCGGCGUGGACCUGCCUGUCCGCUGGAAAACAAUAGAAGCAGCACAGAGGGACCGAGUUAGCCCCUUCUGACUGACGACCCUCCGCUUCACAGCCGUAACCAUCCCGACUCGGGCUCGGCCACGGGGAGGGUUAUCCGCGACGGCACCUAGGGGGAAAUAAAUUUAGAGUAUGAUGCCUUAUUUAAAUGUUUCAUGCUAGCCACCUAGCUAGCCAGCCAGCUAGUCGAGCUAUCGUUACCCAAAACAUAGCGUUAGCAGCUAGCGGCUAACGGCUACACGGAGGCGGAGGAUCAGCUGUUAGACAGAUGCUGUAGGAAGAGCGGACAGCUACACUUUCACAGUAAGUGAAUUUAAAAACUCACUAAGCUCUAAUUGUCUGGGAAGUCCUGUCGUUUGUUUUCUCGUGUGUGAAAGUGCGUUACUGGAUAAAAUAAUGUGUUUAUUAGCGGAGUAAUCGCUGCCAAGUUUGUGAAGAAGAAGCCCAGAAGCGCUAGCCAGUUAGCCCUGCUGGCUACCUACCUAAGCUAACUCCGAAUACUUGAACAAAAUAAAGUUUCAGACAAGUUGGGGAGCCGUUACGAUGCCCCCGCGGACUGUAACAUCAUCUCCAGUAAAGGCGUGGAGGUAAAGCCGGAGGCUAACGCCAGCUAAUUCCAGAACAACCACAAUUUAACGGCAGCUCAGAUAGUUUUUAAGGAAUUUUCGACGCUCCAACUUUGAUUUGUGAGUGGAGGAAUGUGCUAACUUAACUUAGCCCGACGGGAGUUAGUUUGAUGGCGAGACAGCAACAGCACUGUUUCUUUAUUGGAGAUUUCAAUGCAGUGAAAAUAAUUUAAAUGGUUUGUGCUAGAAGUAGCGGACCGUGGUUUGUUUUCAUACCACGGGGUUAAAUACAUGAGGUGUGUGUUUUUGAUUUGGGGUUAAACUCGGGCGGAAUGCGGCUCUGUUGCAGGACUCCAGUAGCUCUGUUUUACACAGCAACUUAAAUGAGCUGUUGUAUUUAACGAGGUUCAUACUGUACACUUGGGUUUAAGUGGUUAAAUUCAGGAGGCUGAAUGGUAUUGCACCUCAAAAACCCAAUUUUCCUCUCCGGCAGUGAGUGCCGCUGUGACUGAAGGCCAUUAGCAAGACAAAGGUCGCCUCCAUGGAGCCAGCACAGGAGUCUUUGUAGAGGGCGAGGGGGGGUGUAUAGACGCCCAGAGAGAAAAGAGCCAAAUUCAGCAUUUUAUGGACGAAACCUGAGCCGGGAGUUUACUACAAGUCUGUAUUGAUGAUGGCGGAUUUUGUUACACCGCGACACAGCGCGGUGAUGGAGAGGCUCCGCCGGAGGAUCGAGCUCUUCCGGCAGCAUCACAACAGCUGCGAGAGCCGCUACGAGAACGCGACGCUGGAGCGGCUGGAGCUGGAGAGGCAGCAGACCUUCGCCCUGCACCAGCGCUGUCUGCAGGCCAAAGCCAAGCGGUCCAACAAACACCGGCAGCCCCAGCCCAGCGGCGACCAGGCCGGCCAGAGAGCGCCGGGCAGCGGAGGCGGCAGCGCGGAGCUCGGGGAGAGCGGAGGGACGGCGGCGGAGCAGAGCCGGAAUAGCACCCUGAUAGCGCUGCAGGAGACGGUGAAGAGGAAGCUGGAGAGCGCUGGUUCUCCUCUGGGCCGAGAUCAAGUCAACGGUUUCAGCGACGGUUUUCCCCCCAACAAGAAGGCGUGUCUGGACAACGGCACCGCCAACAGCUCCCCGCUGGACUCCAAGCUGGGCAUCAGCGACGCCUUGAACUCUAACGGGACCCACGGGCCGGCAGGGGAGUCGACGGACAGCAGCGAGCCGGGGUCGGACUUCCACCGGAAGGAGAUGAAGCAGGAGCCGGACGACAUCCUGCCCAUCAUGCCGCCGUCGGGAGGAGGGAACAACAGCCUGUUCCCCGACCUGAACCUGAACGAGCAGGAGUGGACGGAGCUGAUGGAGGAGCUGAACUGCUCCGUGGCCUACGAGGACAUCCAGGACAUUCUCAACGACGGCUUCGAGGACCGCAAGGACCCUCUGGAACUGGCACCCACUACGGGUGGUGGGGGGGCUGUGGGAGGAGGAGCGGGAGGUGGCGGGGUAGGCCAGUCGUCACAGGGUCUACUUCCUCCAGAUCUGGUGAGCGUGAAGGCGGAGUUCUCUCCGGCCUCUGCAGUUUUCGAGCAGGACUCUCGCACCGGCUCCCCCCACGUCAGGUCCACCUCCUCCGGGCCGCAGCCUCACCCCACCAGCUCCCCCGUCGCCUCCUCCUCCGCCUCUUCUCCGGCUCUGCCCCCAUCCCAGCCGGCUCCUCCCCCCAGGCAGCUUCAGCCUCCCCCAAACCACCUCCUCCCUCCGGGGCCCCCGGUGCCCAAAGACCUUUCCCCCGCCCAGCAGCUCCAGCAGCUGGCCGCCCAGCAGCAGCGAGCGGUCCAACACCUCCACGGCCAGAUGCAGCACAAACAGCCACAGCCGGGGGCCAAGUUCCACAACCAGGCGCCCCACGCCCACCCCCCACCUUGGUCCCAGAUGGCCAACACCUCUCAGAGCCCACUAGGGGGCGCGUUUGGUAUGGACAAACCCACGAGCCCCUCCCUGUACCCGCAGGACUUCAACCCCAAUGCCCAGAAGCAGCUGCUGAUGCCCGGUCAGCCCAACAAGGGCUCUCCCAAGGCGGGGGCCGGCGGCUACAUGCCGGGCCCCGGCGGGCACCCCAACAUGCUGGGUCACCCGACGCCAGGGCCUCCUCUCAGUCACCCGCCAGCCCCCGGAGCUCAGGCCCAGGCCGCCAUGCUGAACUACAACAACACCAAACCCCUGUCGCACUUUGAGGCCGGGCCCGGACCACCGCGGCCCCCCAACAACCAGAACCAGAACAAGGCCGCCCUGCUGACGCUGCUCAGACACCAGCAGCAGAUCAAACAGAAGAACAGCAUGAACUUCCGUCAGCAUAUACCACACGCACAGGUGAGACACGCACAGGACCAGAACAACUACCCUGCUCCUCCACACGGCCCGGGCCCCGCCAACAGCAUGGCGUCUGCGCCCGGAAACAACGGCAUGGCAACGCAGCCGGGGGCCAACGCCAUGACAAGUAACCAUGGCAACACGGCGUACCUGAGCAGCCAGGUGGCAGCGGUGCUGAAGCAGCAGCAGCAGCAGCAGCAUCAGCAGCAGAUCCUGGAGCAGCAGAAACAGCAGCAGCAGUACAUGCAGCGGCAGCAGCUGAUGGCUGAACAGGAGAAGCAGCGGCAGCAGCAGGACCAGCAGCUUCAGAGACGCCUGACCCGACCUCCGCCACAGUACCAGGACCAGCCGGGACAACCGGCCAAUCAGAACCCUUUCCCACAGCAGCCAGUCAACCAGUUUACAGCUUCCUCUCAGCCAAUGGGCAGCGUCGGCCCCAUGGGAGGCCCCUCCCCCGGGUCCCAGCGUAUGUUCCCUCAGAACCAAGGCAUGAUGGGAAUGAACAUGGGUCAGGGCGGUGGGCCGGCAGGCGGUGUAGCUCCGCCCCCUGCGGCGAGCCAGGCUGACAUCAGUCUGCCCUCCUGCGGGGGGGGAGGGGGCGGCGGCGGCGUGGACGUCCAGCAGCACCUCUACAACAACAUGAACCUUCACCCCAACCACCCGGGUCACCCGCCCCAGCAGCCCGGCCUGCAGCGCCAGCCUCUGGGCGCCAUGAGCGCUCAGUACAGACAGAACCUUCUGGCUCAGCAGCAGCACCUGAAGACGCAGCCCAAUGCCGCCAUGUUGAAGCAGCAGCAGCUGGCCGCCGCCGCCGCCCGCAUGCCGGGCUCCAUGCAGAACAGCAUGGGGGCCAACCUCCCCGGCUCCAUGUCCGGCGGCUUACAGGGGGCACAGAGCGCCGCCUGGCAGCAGCAGCUCGCCAACCAGCCGCCCUCCAGUAACACCGGCUUGCCCCCCAACGCCUUCAACAACACGCCCAACGCCUUCCACAUGCAGCAGCAGCCUCGCAUUCCCAAGAUGCCGCCGGGCGCCGCACCCUUUGGUGCAAACCCCGGAGGUCGCCCAAUGGGAGGAAUGAACCCCGGGCAGCAGAUGAUGCAGACAAACAUGGCUGCCGCCCAGCAGAGGGCGCCGCCCAACCCUCAGAGCCUGGGCCAGCCGAUGGCCAAUCAGCAGCAGACUCAACAGCAACAGGCCAAUCAGAACCAGGCUGUCCUCCCCGACAUGACGGCGUUCGGACAGCCGCAGGGCAACGGCCGCCAAGGACUGCAGUGUAACCAAGGAUACCAGGUGAGCAGGACUGCCAGUCAGCAGCAGCAGGUGUCGUUCGGAUACAACGUGGCGUCGGGGAGUUUCGCCGCCGAGAGCGACCUGGUCGACUCCCUGCUGAAGGGUCAGAACCCCCAGGAGUGGAUGGCCGACCUGGACGAACUGCUCGCCAGCCACCAUUAGUCAAACACACCUGGAGCACCUGAACCUGAAGACGAGCGGCCAUGUUGAAAAGACUGAUUUCUGAUAUUGAGACCAACACUGUUCUGAUCUGUGUGUUAGCGUUAGCCACCUAGCUAAUGAGAAGCGACCCGCAGCCAGCUGAUGGCGUCCAGGUGUCCUGCUAAACUCAUGAAGGUUUCAGACACUGACCUGUGGACGAGGAGUUUCCUCCCUGAUGAUCAGGUGAUGAGCUCCUGCCACAGGUGUGUGAACAGCUGCAGGAGGAGGUUAGAGACGGAGAGCAGGUGAAUCGGCGUCCUUCAGGUCUGUCUGCUUCUUGCUCAAAGACACUUCAGCAGAGGGAGAGUGAGCGCUCCGUCAGCUGAUCACUGGAGGUUUGACAUGAAUGAAACUCGUCAUGACGCCAGGCUCCGUUCACAAAUCUGGAAAUUUAACAAACGCUCGUUGUAAAACUUUCACACCUGGUAGAACAGAACUCGUCCUGAUCGACAGGUAAAUGAUCCACAGUCUGAAAAUGAACCAGUUCAGUUUGAGAACAGUUUAGAAAUAAAGAGACGCUUAAUAUUCGUCUUGACAGUCACUAUUUUAAAAAACAGUGUAACAGAAACUUUCAUUUUGUACGAUUUAUAUAAAUUAAAAUCAUAUAUAUUGUGAUUAACUAACCAAUUCAAAAUAAGACUAAACUUAUAAAGGAUUUAUAAAUGCUUUAUAAUAAGGUUAUUAACACUUUAUUAAUCAUAAAUAAACAAUUAUAAACAAGUUACAACACAGUUUUCAUACAUUGCUGCCGGCUCACUAUUUGGCAAGAUCACGUUAAGGAUCAUUUAUUUUCCUAAUGAGUUAAUUAAUAACUGGUAAAAACUGGUAGUAACUCAUUAAUAAAUUAUAUGUUUCUCAAUAAGACUCUUUUAAAUAAAUGGUAAUAAGUCAGUAGUCAGAUUAAUGGUCUUUAACUUGAACUUGCCAAAUAGUGAGCCGGCAUCAACGAAAACUGUUAUGACUUGUUUAUAACUGUUUGCUUAUGGUUUAAUAACCUAAUUAUGAACCAUUUAUAAAUCCUUUAUAAGCGUAGUCUUAUUGUGAAGUGGUUCCAGUAACUACAAACAUGGAGGAUAGAAACACAACCAUGAGAAUGAAACGUUUCUGACUGUUGACAGAUUUCUGUGGAUGUGAUCUGAUCAUCAGCUCUGAUGGAUCAAUACAGAUCGAUCAGACAACACAGAUUGAUCAGUCAGGUGAAGUUUUAACUCGACGUAGAGUUAGAUCUGUCAGAAUCUGAACGUCGUCACUUCCUGUCGCUCGCGUUUCAGUUCUGUUCUACCAGGUGUGUGAGUUUGUAAACGACUAACAGUUUAUUACUGUGUGUGUGUGUGUGUGUGUGUGUGUGUGUGUGUGUGUGUGUGUGUGUGUGUGUGUGUGUGUGUGUGUGUGUGUGUGAGAGAGACACACUGAUGACUGGAGACUGAACGCAGGAGUUGAAGACUUUUAACUACUGAACCUGUGGCUCAGUGCGUUAAACCACUGAAGGUCGUCCACAGCGCCACCUACAGCCCGGCAGCAGGACGAGGUCAAAACACACAGGAAGUACAAACACAUUUUAAAGAACCACGCCAGAGUUUUUACAGUUUACUACAAACCUUAAAAUCACUAUAACACCGGGCUUAAGAUAAGUAAAAGUCACGACAUCAUGUUUGACUUUUACUUUUUGUCUCUAAAGUCUCGAUGGUUUGACGUCGCCACACGACGCUGAAGUGACAGUAACAAGAUAAAAAGGUGACGUGUCGUCUGAACGGGUUGAUUUUCAUACUGUAGGGAAAUAAGUGUAAACACACGCUGCCGGGACGACCGAGGCAAAUAUUAAAAUAUCUGAAACAAUACAGCGGCUUUGUUUAGGGAAAUGAUCCGCAGUAAUGUAAAGUGAUUUUUUUUUUUUGGACUGAAUUUCAACUGAGAAACUGAAAACAACAACAACAACAGAGUCAAACUGACACAUAAUGUUGUUAUAGUAACUAACUUUGUUUUUAUAUUGAAGUGGAAGAUCAUUUCACUUUCUUCCACUUCCACACGUCGUUCUAGAGCCGAGCUGAUCAGCACCUGACCCCGUCAUGAGAUGAGACGAUCGGUUUCCUGGUUUACAAAUCAAUAAUUCAGAGACGUUUUUUGUUUGUCGACAGAUAUUUUCUUUAGUUUCUACAGGAAGUCGAAGUCGUUUCAGUAAAACAUGUAAAAACACUGAUGUGGUUCUUUUACAGUUUAAAGUGUCAGAGCUGAUGAAAAAGAAAAACUCUGACUGUAGAUCCCAGUCACAAGUGUGUGUGUGUGUGCGUGUGCGUGUGUGUGUGCGUGUGCGUGUGUGUGCGUGUGCGUGUGUGUGCGUGUGCGUGUGUGUGCUGCAUCACCUCAGACUGAAUCCAUGAGAUAAUAUUUAAAAUGUGGUUAAACCAUCAGUUACAAAGAGAAACCGGCACGUUUGUAAAAUCACUGAAAUCAGAUUCACUGGGAAAUUUUUUUCUGCUGAAGAAAAACAUGAGGCGUUGACCUCUGACCUGCACCUGUGGUCAGCUGACAGGGACGUAGUGAGGACUGUUUCCUGUUCUCCUCCUGUGGGUUAUUCAGCAUCAUUCACUACAGACACACAGGAAGUGAUGUAAGGUGUGUGUCGCAGUCAAUAAGAUCCUGACACGAUUGCAUGUUGAGAUGCUGCGUUCCAGUCUCAAUGUAGAUGAGUCUGCCCUGAGCUGAGACUGCCAGGCUCUGAACCUGCCGCACGCACACACACACACACACACACACACACACACACACACACACACACACACACAUGCACAUACACACGCACACAUACAUAUCUUCAUGUCUGUAACACUGAGUGGUUAUAAAUUUACUUUGUCUAAGAUAAAACCAAAUGUUGCAGAUACAGGAAGUGAAACCAGAGCUGCGUCUUAUUUCAGCAGGAGAAUCCACCCGAGUCCUGAGUACAAACAACAAACAAACAAUAAACAAACAACAAACAAACAACAACAAACAAACAACAAACACAGAAAACGGUCAGAUCUGCCUGGGAGUCUAGUUUCAGGGCUGAAACGAACCCGUGUUUAAAACACAACGUCGUGUGAGUUUCUGGCCUUUCCCACAGUGAGAACGUGUCUUGAACGCAGCAUUGAAACAUGUUUUCUGACUUCAGAUUAAAAACACGAGACACCAACGUGUUGAGUCUUGAUUUACAGUCCUGUUUUGUUUUUUAAGGCGGAUCUGUGACCGGGUCGCCCCGCUUUAAGGUGGAAGUGUGACCCGGUCGUUCUAUCUACUGUACUGUUUUUACCUUCUUCAGAGAGACGUCUGCGUCCUGUUCUUAUUUUAUUUGUAAUGUUAUUGUUGCUCAGCAGCAGCUUGGGGCUGGUUUCACGUCUUCAUCCAAAUGGCUUCCAGCCGCUCGCUCGGCCUCCCGGGGUUUCCUCUGUGUAAAUGUCUAUAAAUAUAUUUUUUGUAUGUAAGCCUUUCCUAAUGAUCUGGAGAAGAUAGAUGUUAUUUUUAUAUAUUGCUGCGGAUUUUUUGUAAGUAUUUUAUACUUUUGAUAUGGUUCUCUGUAAAACAAGAGUAUUAUGUAAAUAUAGUUCUUUAGAAACAA